AUGAUUAAUGCGUUUCUGGUCUUCAACGGCCAGGGCCAGCCUCGGCUGACCAAAUUCUACACGCAGCUCGUGAGCUUUUCCGCGCCGCCCGCGAGGCCCAAGACCCAGCGCUGCAUGGAGAUGAAAUUGAAACUAACCGCCGACGACCUACAGGACACCAGCAUCCAGCAGCGCCUCAUCUCCGAAAUCUUCACCCUCGUCUCGAACCGCCCCGCGAGCUCCUGCAACUUCCUCCCGCUGCCGCCCCUCCUCGCCGCCUCCGGCACCUCGUCGUCCGGGGCGUCCAGCGAGCCGCAAAACGAUGUGCCGUCGCUCGUCACCUACCGCAACUACGCGACGCUCUACUUCAUCGUCAUCUCGACGUCGACCGAGUCGCCGCUGGCCCUCAUCGACCUGAUCCAGGUCUACGUCGAGGCGCUCGACAAGCUGUUCGAGAACGUGUGCGAGCUCGACCUCAUCUUCAACUUUGAGACGCUGCACGCGGCGCUCUCGGAGAUGGUGGUCGGCGGCGUCGUCAUCGAGACGAGCCUGGACCGCAUCGUCGCGGGCGUCCGCGCGCAGGGCACGGUCGCCAAGAGGCCGGUCAACGAAGGGCGAGGUAGCGGCGGUGGAGGAGGGGGUGGGAUCGGAUCGGGGUUGAGUAUUGGCAUGGGUGGCAACUUUGGCUGGGCUGGGCGAUGA